AUGAUCGACCCGCAGAAACGGAAGGCGCCCGGGCCGGAGAUGGCUCUGGUGGCGGCGACAUCCGCCGCCAAGAAGCCCCGCCACGAGCUGAUAUUAGGAGCCGGGCCCGCCGGAGGGCAGCCGCCGCCGGGGGCCUUGCUGCAGACGGGUCCACCAAGAUGUUCCUCCCUCCAGGCUCCCAUAAUGUUACUUUCAGGGCAUGAAGGUGAAGUGUACUGUUGCAAGUUUCAUCCUAAUGGAGCCACCUUAGCAUCAGCUGGAUUUGACCGGCUAAUCUUACUAUGGAAUGUGUAUGGUGAUUGCGAUAAUUAUGCCACCCUGAAAGGACACAGUGGAGCCGUUAUGGAGCUGCACUACAACACAGAUGGCAGCAUGUUAUUCUCUGCCUCAACGGACAAAACAGUAGCAGUGUGGGAUAGCGAGACAGGCGAGAGAGUGAAAAGACUCAAAGGGCACACGUCAUUUGUGAACUCCUGUUACCCAGCACGCCGUGGGCCUCAGUUGGUCUGCACAGGCAGCGAUGAUGGAACAGUAAAGCUGUGGGACAUCAGGAAAAAAGCUGCUGUUCAGACCUUUCAAAAUACUUAUCAAGUCUUAGCUGUCACUUUCAACGAUACAAGCGACCAGAUAAUAUCUGGAGGCAUAGACAAUGAUAUCAAGGUGUGGGACCUUCGGCAGAACAAGCUAACCUAUACGAUGAGAGGACAUGCUGACUCUGUGACCGGGCUCAGUCUGAGUUCAGAAGGCUCGUAUUUGCUUUCCAAUGCAAUGGACAAUACAGUUCGCAUCUGGGAUGUCCGGCCCUUCGCCCCUAAAGAGAGAUGCGUCAAGAUCCUUCAAGGGAACGUGCAUAAUUUCGAAAAGAAUCUUCUGCGAUGCUCUUGGUCACCAGAUGGAAGCAAAAUAGCAGCCGGGUCAGCAGACAGGUUCGUUUACGUGUGGGAUACAACCUCCAGAAGAAUCCUCUACAAGCUGCCGGGCCAUGCCGGUUCAAUAAACGAAGUGGCUUUUCAUCCAGAGGAACCAAUCAUUCUAUCGGCAUCUAGUGACAAAAGGCUGUAUAUGGGAGAAAUCCAGUGAGCAGUGACGAUCAUGGUGGCUAAUGCUG